AUGUUCAUGUCAGAGGGAGACUCCCCUCACAUCUGUGCUCUCACGGCGCAUGCGCACAGCAUCCUCCACCACCGCGUCCACAGACUUCAAAGCUCCGAUGAAGAUGCGCAGCGUCGCGGGUCGCUGCAGCUUUGUCACCGCGUGAGACGGACUUUUCCUGAAGCAGCACAUCACACUCAUACUGACAGGAUUCACUCUAGAAACACCAGAAUGGAACUGAAGAAAUCUAUCUCAGACACGGAGCGCGCUCUGAGGAGCUACGGAGCGGUGUCGGAAACGGCGUGGACCACUGACAAAGGCCACUCCGAUGUGUCGAUGGCCGAGAGCACAAUGUCUCCGGAAGAAAUCGAAGUGGAGAUGGCUCGUAUCCAGCGCCUGAGGGAGGUCCUGGUGCGACGGGAGUCUGAGCUGCGCUUCAUGAUAGACGACAUACAGCUUUGCAAAGACAUUAUGAGUUUGAAGCAGGACCUGAGGCAGAUUGUGGCUGUAUCAGAGAAAGACAAGACUAAGAUGCAUCGGCAGCGAGAAGAGGAGCUGAUCCUUAAGAUUCACCAACUGGUCCAGAAGAGAGACUUCCUGGUGGACGACGCAGAGGUGGAGCGGCUAAGAGAGCAAGAGGAGGACAAGGAAAUGGCAGACUUUCUGAGACUGAAGCUGAUGCCACUAGAGAACACACUCAAAGCAGCACAGAAGGAUUCCACAAAGCCGAAGAGAAUCAUCCCAGAACCGCCACCAAACAAACCGUCCAUCACCAAGUCAGGAGCAGCCAUCAUCAAGGACUGCUGCGGAGCGACGCAGUGUGCCAUCAUGUAA